GCGGCGCGGGGCUGAGCACAGCCUCACGCCGGCCCCGAGGCCGAGCCACCCGCCGCGCCUGCAGCUGCCGCCCGGCGCCGAUCAGCUCUGGCCCCGGGGAGGUGAUCCCGCAGGCCGCCUAGGACGCGGGCGCGGGUCGCUCGGGGCUCCCAAGGUAGUACUAGGAGGCUGCUCGGCGGGGGCGGGGACGGCCACGGCCACAAGCAGGAGCAUCUGAGCCGCGCGCUCGGCGUCCACAGCGCCUAAGUUCGGCGGCGCGCGCGCACCGGGCGCCCCCGGCCUCGGAUCCCGCUCCAGCUGGCGUCCGUGUGAGUGUGGGAGCGCGUGGCGCGCGCCCGAGCGGCCGCCGGAGAAGAAAAUGUGACACGCACGUCUCCGACUCCAGCGCCGCGCGGCCCGGGAGCGCCGAGCACCGUGGUGUCGGGCGCUUCGAGGCGCGGCGUCCGGAGAAGCCCUGGGAAGUGAGGAGAGCGAACAUCAUCGUCCUCAUUUUGAUGCCUACAGUUAUACCAGGUUCAUUCCACCUCCCAGCGCUUUAGGACCUCAGGUGCCGACCCCAGAGACCUGCCAUGAAACCACACUUGAAGCAAUGGAGACAACGAAUGCUUUGCGGGAUCUUUGCGUGGGGGCUCCUCUUCGUGGUGAUCUUCAUCUACUUCACCGACAGCACCCCUGCUGAGCCUGCGCCCAGCUCCGUCUCCUUCCUGGAGACCCGCAGGCUCCUGCCCCUGCAGGGGAAGCAGAGGGCCAUCAUGGGCGCCGUGCAGGAGCCCUCCCUGCCGGACGGCGUGGGCACCAACAACGGGCUGCUCCAGGGACACCCGGCUGGCCCCUUGCCCAGGGGGCCCGGCGACCUGCAGAAAUGGGCCCAGGUGCAAGAUGGGUUUGAAAACAGAGCAGAGUUCUUGUCAUCCCAGAUCGGGAGGAAGUCUCAAAGUGCCUUCUACCCGGAGGACGACGACUACUUUUUCGCUGCUGGUCAGCCCGAGUCGCACAGCCACCCUCGGGGCACGCUGGGGUCCCUCUCCGCCGAGGACCGAGGCCGGCCGGAGGGGCUUCUGCCGGCGGGCCAGGCCCAGAGGCGGCGGGUGAGGAAGAGGCCCCGCCACCAGGGCCGGAGCCGCGCGCUGGAGGAGGGCGACGACGGCGCCCGGCCGUCCGCCUCCAUGUCCCGGGCCUUCCUGCAGCGGCUGUGGCAGGGGGCCGUGUCGGCGCGCAUGCUCGCGCCGCGCCUGCAGAAGGCCAUGAGGGACUACCUGAGCGCCAACAAGCACGGCGUGCGCUUCCGCGGGCGGCGGGCGGCCGGGCGGGGCCGCGCGGAGCUGCUGUGCGAGCUGCGGCGCCGGGUGCGCGUGCGCACGCUCGACGGCACGGAGCCGCCCUUCUCGGCGCUCGGCUGGCGCCGCCUCGUGCCGCCCGUGCCGCUGGGCCGGCUGCACCCGCGCGGGCUGCGGAGCUGCGCCGUGGUCAUGUCGGCCGGCGCCAUCCUCAACUCCUCCCUGGGCCCGGAGAUAGAUUCUCAUGAUGCAGUUUUGAGAUUUAACUCUGCUCCUACACGUGGCUACGAGAAAGAUGUUGGAAAUAAAACCACCAUGCGCAUCAUCAAUUCUCAGAUUCUGACCAACCCCAACCAUCACUUCAUUGACAGUUCAUUGUAUAAAGACGUCAUUUUGGUGGCCUGGGAUCCUGCUCCUUAUUCUGCAAAUCUUAACCUGUGGUACAAGAAGCCAGAUUACAACCUGUUCACUCCAUAUGUUCAACAUCGUCAGAGAAACCCAAAUCAGCCAUUUUACAUUCUUCAUCCUAAAUUUAUAUGGCAGCUUUGGGACUUUAUCCAGGAGAACACCAAGGAGAAGAUUCAGCCCAACCCGCCAUCUUCUGGCUUCAUUGGAAUCCUCCUCAUGAUGUCCAUGUGCGGUGAGGUGCACGUGUAUGAAUACAUCCCGUCCAUCCGGCAGACGGAGCUUUGCCACUACCAUGAGCUGUACUACGACGCGGCUUGCACGCUCGGGGCGUACCACCCGCUGCUCUACGAGAAGCUCCUGGUGCAGCGCCUCAACACAGGCGCCCUGGGGGACCUGCACCGCAAGGGGAAGGUAGUCCUGCCGGGCCUCCGGGCCGUGCACUGCCCUGCGCCCCACUCCGCUGGUCCACACUCUUGAAAGGGGACUCUUGGGAAUCAAUGUGCAAUAAGGUACUACUGUGGUACUCUAAGUCACAAAAGAAUACUUGAAGAUAUAUUUUAGGCGAUGUAGUCUUGAGUCUUUAGAGUGUAGUGUAGUGGUGACCAUGAGAAUUCUUCUCUUUCAAAGCCAUUGAGUAUUUAUUACUGCUUUGAAUAUAGAAAUGGAAUUAAAAGGAAAAAAAAUCUCAAGAAAGAUGCAAAAAAAAAAGAUAGCUAGAAAAAAAGCAAAUGGGUACUAUACCUCCAAAAAUGAUAACAUUUUCUUAGGCAUGGGUACCACUUAUCAGGGUUGGUUUCAGCUGCAGAUUUCAAUGAUACACCUGAUAUUAUGAAGUGGUUUAUACCUGGAAACACCAACGUUGAGGUGCAGUAUCUAUGGCCUCUAGUGUACUUGUACACGCAUUCAUCAUUAAAGAUCUAACAUUGAUGAUGAACGUCUGAAAUAUCCCUCAGAUGUGUAUAUUUUAUUGGCAAAAAGCCUCAGUAUAUCUGUUACCAGACUGCUGCCUCUCCUCUUUGCUGCCCGGUGCCCGCAGAGUGCUUUGCUCUGGUGUAUUGGACACAUUUCUGAAACCAUAAAGCAUCCCUCUGCAGCAGUCCAAAGAAAAGCUGACCCUGGAAUAGCACCACGGAGGAGGCGCUUGUUUUCCUGCCGUGUUUCCUCCUCGACUAAGAGUACCACCCAGAGGGGGAGGAGCAUGACUGGCGCAGGAGUGCAGACUCACGGGGCCCACACAGGACGUCCGCAGCUCUGGCUUUCCUGCCUUGUUCCUCCUCACCUGCCGGUGUCCUCACCCCCUUUAUAGUUAGACGCACUGACAUCAUGACGCCCCUGUUGGGGAGGACUCCUUCCAGUCCGGAAGGAAAGAUUGCGGAGCAGUCACCCUGUGCUUCUCGGGAUGCACGCCUGUUUCUUUUAUACAGAUUUCUUGCACAUUAAUAUCAGCUUUGAGAACCUGACAGCAAUGUACUGAAUUUUCACUAGUUCUUCCUACAGACAGAUGUUUAGGAAUCCCAUCCUUGUUUUCACAGAUAUGUUUUAUAUCAGCAACAUAACAAAGCCAUAUAAUUAAAUAAAAUUGUGUGACAGCAUUGCUCUGUAACAACAAGGAAAAUACACAUAUGCUAGAGGGAAAGUUGUCAUCCCAAUGUGUUAGCUAUAUUGAGUUCUGUUUUGUUUUUCUUUUAACCUCAACCUCAAAUUUUUGCAAAAAAGCAAAAAUUCUUUUGCUGUGAAAGUAGUGAAACAGAAACAUUUUGGAAUACUUUAGUUAAACAUGCUAUUUCAGUAUAUAACCAAAACGUAUCUCAGUGGUACAGUUAAGUCUUCUUGACAAUGACAAUAGCAGCUUAAUUAAAUAUGUUCUCCCUUGCAAGUGUGUGAAUGUCAGGAGAGUUUAGUGGAAAAGCUUUUUAAGUUCCAGGAUUAGUUUUUUCCUGAGUGCUGUCAAGACAACAUUCUUGAGCAAGAAUCGUUUACACAAACAGCUUCUGUUUGGUUGGUCUACUUUGCAGAAAUUGGGUUGGGUAACAGACAUGUCCUCUGGCUUAUGAUAAUAGUGAAGUAGGAGUAACUGAAAAGUUUUGAUCAUGACAAUAUCCACUAAAAGCCCAUUUUGAGAGCUUUGUUUCUAGAUCUGUGAAAAGGAAUGUGUAAUUUUGUCCUACACAUUAGCUCAUGUCUGAACAGACAUGGUCAAGCCACUUUGCUUUCGGAUUUCCUGAACGAGCUUAGUCUUCUCCCUGUGUGUAGGGAGUCUUGAGUUCACUGAGGACGCUGGUGAGGUGGCUGUGACAUGGGUGAGUGGUCCUCCUGCAGCCCUGCUCUCCGUGGACCUUCCGGCUCUGCCUUCAGGUGACAGGACAUUGCAGCUCCUUUGAUAGUCUGCCUAGUGGAUUUCCUUCUUGACAUCCUUAUUAUCCAGAACCACCCCCUUUGGUGACAUGAGAACUUGGUUAGAGGAAAAUUUAUUGGAGGUCAGUGUAAAUAUUCACAUUCAAAAGCCCCAGAAGACACUUCAAAGAUUUUUAAAUAGCAUUUUGUUGUAACACAUGUACUUUUUAAAAGUACUUUCAGUCUUCAGAAAGAAUGAAAAGCAUAAAGGAAAUUUAAUUAAAAUUUUUGAAUUUGUUAUGACCUUAAAGACUCUUGGGAAUCAGGGUCUGUUAAACAUUCAGAAAAUGUACACAUAUUAAUAUAGUGUGGGCUGGGCAUUGUUCUGUUUAAAAGUUUAAAUUGUGUAGCCUCUCAAAAAUAUUAGGCAGUUAUAGUUAACAUGAUGACUAUUUCUAGUAUGAGCCACAUUGGUCCUAAGUGACAGUAUUUUGCCAGACAUUGGUUAAGUCCUUAUAUUCUACGUUUACUGAACUGCAGUAAACACGCAGCCCUUCUGUGGAGCAGUUGAGAAUAAAUGGUGUCCUACUGCACUUCUCCCAGGCUCUGUCCCUUCCAAAACCCUCCAUCCACUUUUGUGAAGGGAAGCUGAUAACAUCCUUGUGCAACCUAAAGCCAUUAGCUGUCCCUUUUUUCACUCUUAGGGCUAACAGAGGUCACGUUACUUUACGUUUCAAGAUAAUUAUCUUUUUUUGUUUUUGUUGGUAUCACAAAGAAACAAAUGCUGACCAAAAGUGACAGCUCACCUUCAUCUAGAGUCUCCCUAACUCAAUUCCCCAGUCCCUCUGCCGUGAAAUACCAUUGCUGGCCUUGUGUCUCUCACCUUCCCUACUACGUCCUUACAGGGCUGCUUAUAAAUAUCAAGAUCUUUGUGCACAGGGCCAAGUGGCGGACAAUUAAAAGUUGCAUGUAAGCAUCAUGCAACGUCCGGAGAGUGCAUUAAAAAGGGCCAGGUGAGGGGCUUUUGCACACCGUUCCUUGCCUGCCUGGACACAAACGCGAGGAACCCUGCUUCAGCAAUGGCACUUUCCGUGUGUCUCGUGCCCUCGGUCUCUCAGCCAGACACUUAAUCAAUCCUGGACUGUCCAGUGAUCAUCUGUCAUCGUAGCCACAGCAUCUGGACAAAGCAAUGCUGAAAUAAUCGUUAGCAUUUUCAAAAUUGGGAAAUAAAAGUAACUAUUUAAAGCUACCCGGGGUAACUGUUGUAUGUGUAUGAGCCAGUUCUUCUGGUGGAACGGAUUAAUACCUUAUGCUGUUGGCUGACCUUUUGUGCAGGAACACUUCCAUCCACUGAAUUAAUUAGGUCCUGUUGGGCUGCGUUAGGUGAAAUCAGUCUCACGUGAGUAUGUGCACAAAUGACAUGAUUCAGGUUCUCUCUCCAGCCUUUCUUAGAGAUCAGUGCACAGUGCGUGUAGGCUGAAGGCCAAAGUGUCCUGGUACCAUUUCUGCUUAGCUGUGGGAAGAGACAGAGAAAGGAGGCGGGGGACUAGCAGGAAAUGCAUGACUGAGUGCAUACGCCAGAUAGUCUCUGAAUAUAUUCUAUCACAUUGUCUGUUUCAGCUCCUCUGUUUCUGAUAGAUUAGAGCUCGUACCCAGUGGUUACACAGCUGUUGAAGGCAGCUACAUUUAGAAAGUAAUUGCUUAGGUAAAAUGUGCCUGAGUUUAAACUUGUUUUUUAUACUCUGGAUAUUUCCAUUGUGAAAUUAUUCUGCAUGCUUCUGUCACUCGGGCAUUAUUUACACAAUCGGUAAAUGAAAGAUAUUUCUCUGUUAAUUUAAGGAAAUAAAUUUUAGGUUCUGAUUCUUGUUUUAUUAAAUGAAUGAAGCCUUUUAGUAAGAAAAAAUAAUCUAGCAUAUUGCUCUACAAGCUUGGAAUAAUAGAAUUUAAAGAAUUAAAGACAUUGAUGCAGUUCUUACUCUUGUUAUAAAAAAGUGUGCAUGUAGAUAUAGUUAUAUAAUUGUAUAUAUACAUAUCUACACACAUGGUUGGUUUCAUAUUGUGUUUUUUCAUCAAACUUUAUUUCUGGAAUCUUUGCAAUAAAUUUUAUUUUAAUUAUGCAAACACCAUUUUUUUAAAAGAAGGAAGCAAAUGUUGUAUGUCCUCCAGUUAAAAAAAAAAUUCAGUCUUCCCACACUCGUAUUGUACACGCCACGGCUACAUUGAAAAGUAUGGCAGAAGCGUUUAAAAGGCACUGUGAAGGUAGGACCACUGCCUGAAGAUUGUCUCCUGGUCAGAGCCUGAUUGAACUCUGAACUUGGAUGAGAAGUUUAUCUAUAGCUCAUGGCUUUACAAGAUUAGGGGAAGAAACAUUUAUUGGUUUUAUGGAAAAUAGUCUUCUUACUAGGUAGGUUUCAAACAAAUUAACUGCAUUAGUAGUGUUAAAACCUAACAUUUAUAGUACCACACACUGUUUUACUCUAGAUAAGUUUCUUAUGAAAUUUUUCCUGUGGAAACCAGUCAACUUUUUUAACAGCUUUGGGAAUUUUUUUGUAUGAUAAUUUUUAAAAUGAAAUGUGUACUCUUCAAACUAAUUAAGGCUUGAGGUUUUCCAGGAGUCACAUUUUAAAAGUGUUUGUACACAUUUUAACACUUUGAUAUUUUCUAUUUUGGUUUUGUAUAUUUUUAUGUAUACACAGUAUACAGACUUGUUUCUUGUAAAUAAAAUGUGUUUUCCUUUGUCUAGAA